UGUCGGAUGAAUGGCGUUACACUUCGUGCUCCAUCGGGUCACUUACCAUGUUCACAAUCUACGAAGUCACUAACUGCGGAAAGGAUUACAAGAACUCAAUCUCAAGCUAACGGACUACGCAUUCACUCAGUCCGUCGGAGACAGGCCGGUGAGUACAGAGAUUGAUAUUACAUGACGGAUGUCCGUGAGACACAGACGCCUUCACGGUCCCUUGUCAUUCAGGAUGGGGCAGCUAGGAAGCUGCCACAUCGGCAGCAGCGCUGAAAACACGACAUGCAUACAGGACAUUUAGGCCCUUUGACACACAGGCACAGAUGUGAAAAUACCUGUCAAGCAUGGGCUCCAUCUGUCUGAUGUAUUCUUGCCGUAUGUGGUCGUACGAGGCGAUCUUGGCUUCAACGUCGGCUAACUUACGCUCCAACUCACACGAGUAGCUGUACGGACAUAGAAUACAGACAGAGACUGCAUGGGGCCAACAAGCUGAGACACGGCCAGAUGCGGCCUCUCUCACUGGUUGAGAAUUGCCGUUUGGUGCUUGACCAGCCUCUGCUUGAGUACGGAUUGCCUCCCUACGCUUGUGUGGUACUGAGCCUUGGCCUUCAUCUGGAGCAGGUCAUGCACUCGAUCAACCCUGCACGCACCGAAGCGAGAGUCAGUCAGCAAGGGCGUGGGCGUCCCCCCUUCAAGACCUUUCUUCAUAGACUUGUCUCCUCUGCUCUUCUAUCUUCUGCUGCCCCUUGUCGCCCCAUAAUGAGUCUUCAGGAGGCGGCUCGCACACCUCCCGCAGCAAGUAUGUCCCGCGAUAUCCCUCCAGGGAGGUGAUCAAGGCGUCCAGCCAGAACUCAUCGGGGGGUAUCUCUUGUAAGGCUUCACGGUCUUCUAUGUCCUCUUGAUCGUCAGCCCUUCUAUCUUUGACAUCUUUGAUGCUCUUCAUAUGUUGCUCCGUCUCCUUGCCGACCGCAAGCUUACGGAUAUGCGUGAACCUCGACUCGAUCGUCAUUCCAGCCAGAGGGUCAUCUCCUAUCUCGUUCUGCCCGUCACCUUCAAUCCCCUCCUGCAGUCACAAUGAAUAUCUUGGUGCUGCAGCUGCUGCGCUUCCAUGCUCACCGAUUCGUCUUCCCCUCUGUCCUUCGUUCUGCUGUCACGGGUGUCUGGACGGGACGGAGCCUGGCUCGGCCUCGUGGUCCCAUAGCCCACUUUGUCUGCCUGUCUCUCCAGGAUGCUAAAGGCCGACCGUCUCUGGAGGUCGCCCAUCCUUGUCCUUGAGUGGCCGGCAACUGCUCGAAGAUGAGAUGGCACCCCUUCAGCUUUGUAGCUUCAAAAGAAAUGUAGGCAAGCAGCAUCACGCAGAGGAAGGACGUGAUGCGUGUGGCGUCUUCCGCCCACCCGAGUGCCUUCCUCAGUGCCUGGCGUCUUUUCUUGAGCCAGUCGGAUGCUGAUUCGACUAUGGGGCUGUUGUUGAAUAUGUCCUUGGCGUCGUUCCAGUAGUCCACCAAGCUUCGCAGCUGGCCUGAGUCUUCAAACUUGAUGUACGUGAACUGAAUAUGGGCAGCAACACGGGCAACACAGGUAACCGACAGACAAAUACAUCUUUUGCAAUCUCCUCAUGAUUCGUUCACAUAGUAUUUGGACAUGAUGGCCGCGAGGAAGACAUUGACGAUGAUGAAGUAGAAAAAGGUCAUGUACAAGAUAAAGAAAACCAACGUGAAGGCCGCGUCCACCUCGUACAAACGAUCGACUUGCACAUCCCCAACCGCAAAGCUGAAGUCGCGUCAUAUAUGGUACACCAUUCAUUAUUGCUUUGUGUCCGUAUAUUUUGCGCUCACCGGAAGAGGGUGAGGAAAGCUAUUCCAGAUGUACUGAACUCUUCCAGAUGUGAGCCAUACUUCACAUGAAACAGCAUGGCGAAUCCUGUUUGACCGAUUUCAUAAAGGUCCAUUCUCCACUUGUCUCUUCUCUACUUGUCUCUUUGUUUUGACGGUCGCUUACCAAAUAACAGCAGCCCCUGCAUGAUGAUCAUGGUAAUUAUUUGGUUGGCCACCUCCUGGAUGGUCGUUGUCUGCAGCCUCAACUGGGGGAUCAAAUCUGAAUGGACAGGGUAAAAGUGAAUGCUGCUGCCUUAGGAGGAACGCGUCGGUGUCUCCCUAAGGCAUUUACUGAGGUAUUUAAGGACGCGGAUGGAGACAAAAUAUGUAUUACAGGCACCGAACAACAGAAACAUGUAAUAGACACGUGAAAUGUUGCCCAUCUGAUUACACACAGGCACAGUAGGGGAGGAGCGCUCUUCCCCACUACCACUACCGCUUUCUGCGCAAUUGCACUCACCUGGUCCAGCACGUAUGUUUUGAUGGACUCCUUUCUUGGCGACGAGAGCGUCCGAAACACAGUAUCAGCCAUAGUCCAGUCAGUCCAGUUGUAUGCUAUACACACAAGCCAAGCAGCACCGCCCGUCGCCUGGAUGUGUGUGCACCGCCUGUCACUUACUGAGACAGAAUCCAUCCAGCGAAAAUCUGGCGUAGUAUGCGAUGGUAAGCACAGACAGACAGAGAGACACCGCAUCAGAAAUGUUCCAUGCAUCAGAUCGGUAGAAAUCGACCACGUAGCUGCAACGGAAAACGCGAGAGACAUUGCAGGCGCUCAUGGUCUCGUUUGUCCUCUCUCACUUGACACGGGCGUCUUUCUCCGCAAUGCAGAUAAUCCUGUGCCUUUGAAUCUCCUUGACCAGCUUGACAAUGUAGUAGAUCACAAACAACACGUACACCGCCCCUAGCACGGCAGUGAGGAUGCGCAAAGGCUGGUACCAGCCACCUCCUGUGUACGGAUUAAGAGGGAAGGACUGGCUGGACCUACAGGCCAAGCACAGACAUCCAUACGCACGUCCACACUGCAACCUUCCCCCCCCACCCCCCAGAGUGUCGUGUGCGCCUGCCGCUGCACCUCUUGACUUGUAUCAUGCCGCUGGCCCUUAGCGAAAAUCGAGCCGUAUUGUAUGUGAACAUGUCGACGUUGCCAUUGUAUGUCACGUAAUCGAAUACUAUCGAUGCCGUGCGGGCCGAGAACACCUGCAUCCAAAUGAAGGAAGGCACAAGAGUGAUGCCACAAAGCCUAUGUAUGCACCAACGGUGAGGGCCAGACUUUCAUGGACCUUGGCUCUUCUCAACGCUCCAACUCGCUCGAGUGCUUCUUUUUGCGUCUUUCCGAGACUGACGCUAAAGCCGCCUUUCUGUCUAUAAGUAUUGCGCGCUGAACUGAACUUCACUAUCGAUUCGGCGGGAUACGCAUCGCCCCUGAAGCAAGCGAAGAGUGCAGUGUGUGAGCAAUGACCGCCUUCAAGGCAAUACCAUGCAGCCGACAGAUUCGUGCUGUCGCUGAGGUCAUAGACAUCCGACGGACAGCUUGAUGGGUGCUUCGUAGCGCAUUUGUUGUCAGCGCAGAAGGCGUUGCGAGUUACGCGAAUUACAGGGUACGCACCGCGCCAACGCGACUGUACUCACGCAGACAGAAGAAGAUGUGCAUCUGCGUCGUGAGUCUGUCAGUCUACCUCCGUUAGCUCUUUGUAACACGCAGGCUGAAAGGUCAUCCGGACAAAAGCUUCCUGCGACGAGACAGAGGCCAAAGUAGAGACAUCAAACGGCCUAGUCGAUCGCUCCUGAGUACCGGCAUGAAGCCAACGUUCCAAGCGAAAUACCGGUUCAGAUACACUGACUCCAAUGAGUUCCCACGUGGCGGUCGUGAGGACUUAGCAUCGACAUCACGCACAUCGCCGCUUCGAUACAACUCAUUCCCAACUGCAGCCACCGUCCAUUCGUAAAUGUGGUCCAUAAUAGCAAUUGAUGCAUGGUUGACAUCUCUCGACAGCGACUGGUUGGUUGUGGGAUUGAUCGGGUUAAGGCUGCUGGGCCAUUGUGGCCGCUCAAUCACGAAGUCUUGCACCUCCAUCAGCCGAUACGAAGAUGUCGUACGUGCCUGAGAAUGAAAUGCAAAGCAAAGUUGGUCGGAUGUGUCAGCAUUUGUAUCUUUUCUCCGCAUUCCUACUUGUAUGGUAAUUAUGGCGAUGAAGAGAGCCAUAAAUACGAGUAUUCCCAAGCAGUCGAUAGAGCAUACCUGCUCGCGGCUCUGACGCUUCGCACGGAUCUUCUCAGCUUGCUGAUAGUUGGACGAAUGCAGCCAGGACGACUUGUUUUGACUUGUGUGGUAUACAUCCAUUAAUACCUCUCUUGCCUCUGCCAGUUCUGCGGCGCUGCGAGGCUUGGGCCUGCAAAGAACACUCUACACAUCAGACAAUCUCAAUGUACAUAUCCGCCCGUCGCGUGUUUUCCUUCCUCACAAUAAUUCUGAAUGCUGGCCGUGUCCAAGCAAAUCGCCUCGACAAAUAUCCUCCAAGCUCCUUGAUGACCUUGGUCAGCGCACCACGCUCACCCAAACUCAUCUUCUCGAUGCUGAACGCAGGAGCCAAAGAUCAUCGACAGGCAGCGAGUGCCAUGUCUCCAAGCCAAUCCAGCUCACCGAUAUAUCUGAAGGUCGUAGGCAGACAUGAUGAUGCUGAGAAACAUAUUGAGCAGGAUGAAGACGAAGAACGUGACGAAGGAAUAGAAAUAGAUCGGCGCAAUGGUUGGGGCGAUCUCCAUCAUCUCUUGAUAGAAGCUCUUGCCGAGCAGCAUGGUAAAACAGGCAAGGACGGUGCGAUUGAACGUGCCCAUCGCCGCCAACUGGCCACCGAAGGUGAAGAAGCCGAACCAGACGAAGCCCAAGAAGAUGAUGAAGAACAUCAAGCUGAACCAAACCAGAUUGCCGGCACCCUGGACCAAGAAUGCGAAGGCCAGUCAGGUUGCGGCCUACUUUGCCUGCUUACUUGUCCGAUGGUGUUGAUGACGAGGCCAUACGUUGGCGAUACAUCAGACAUGAGUGAAAGCGUACGAAAGAACACCAGACAGAUGUUCACUCCUGCACGAAAAAGUAGGAUAUGUCAAAAGAGAGCAGAAGGGUAUCCCAUGCUGACCGACAAGCGAGUUGAGCGACGCAGACGUCAGUAGAGCAUCCAGUUGUUCAAGCGAUGACUCCAAGCUGCAAGACACAGAUGACGAAUCGUGCAAAUGAGCAGACAGACAUGUCCUCAUGCUAUAUUGUGACGUCCAUCCGCACUUGUUUUGGUCGAUAGGCAACUUGAGCGUCCAGUAUGCCCUUUGGGAAAUCAUGAAGAUAUGCAUGCUAAUGUAGAUGCCAUUCAACGUCAGCUGGACAACCUGAAGAGAACACAACGGGUAGAAUGACACACGUCUCGACCACUGUUUGUUUCUCUUCACAUCAACGGCCUUGAAGACGCCUGAUUGAAGGUAAGAGACAGGCCCUUCAACAAACGCCUUUACCUCCACACCCACAAAAUACAGAUAGCACACAAUGACGACAAUCUCCAGAAACAAGCGGAAGACAUUAAUCGAGGCCUGCAUAUCGUAGAGCUCCAGUGUGAAGCCAUGUCCCUCCAGCUGGUGGCUGAUCGUGCCUCCAAGCGCCGCCUGAAAGACGACCGCGAAAUGAAAGAACUUCUGCAGAUUGGCGUUGUAGAAAUACAUGUCCGCAACAAAGCUGGCGAGACUCGCUUCAAACCACCCGUCCGCUCUCAGUUCUUCGAUCCUCUGGUGCAUGGCCGCCUCUCCCCCGUCGAGAUUGACGUAUUCGAUGAAUCCCCCCGCUCGCGAGUACCCCCUGCCUCGCGAGUAAGUGUACGUCUGGCCUGUCGAGGCGCCAUCAAAGCUUGCCGUGUCCUCAUGUGAUUUGAGUGAGAAGGACUUGAGAUUCAUUGUGCUCGGGUCGAUUCGCUGCCUCCCGAUGAUCCGCGGAUAGAAGCCUUUCACAUCUUUCGGCGCCAAUGUGUUCUUCUCCACACGAUGUCUCUUAAGAGAGAGCCGGGUCGUGAGCAGCACGUUGAAGAAGCCGACGGUGGGCAGCGGCCGGCUCUGAUCGGCGACGCCCAGCUGUAUGUCAAACGGCGAUUCUUCAUCUGUAUAUAGUGCCUUCAAAAAUGCCGAUGCCAUCCAUUCUCCGACCCCUUCCGUGCUGGUGAUGUUGGUGAUGAAUGUGCCCGACAACGAGGGAAUUGAGAGAAAUCUGUUCCGCAGCACUUGGUUGACCUGAUAGGACGCUGGAAUCGUCAGUUGAAGGAGAUUCACCGACGCAAAGCUGACAGGUAAGAGAGAAGGGCAUGAAUUGAGAUUAUCCUCACCGUUGCGCACUGUUGUGCGGCUCACCAGAUGGCAAAGACGAUGUAGAGGAUGGCAUUCACAAGCAAACUGUCAGCCAUUAUAACCUCCCUCAAAGGGAAUAUGGCGAUGAACCCCCCCGGAAGCUUCCGAGAGCGG